GUUCUGCAGCGUUGGUGUGGCAAAUAUCGCGUGUUUGUCCUGACUCUGUUCAGACUAUGUUCCUGUUAAUAAAUGGAAAAUUGCGUAAUUUUUUUAGACGUUUCUCCGUUUGCCACGCUGCUUUUUUUCCGGUGUAAUCGACAGUUAAACCGGAGACUUCUCUGCAACUCUUUGAGCACAAUGAAAACUUGCUGCCUCUCACCUCUCCUCCAGCUGAAGUUGAUUUACAUCACAUUACUCCCGGUUCUGGAGGCACAACGAGUCGAAGUUUGGCCUGAAGUGAUUGGAUACCUCGGGCACGAUGUCACCUUGCCAUGCCGGUUCAUCCAAGGAGCAGACAACGCCAGUGUUACACUGGUUCAGUGGAACCUCCUGCAACCACCGAGAAAUUCAGUCACCAUUGUUGUUUUCGAUAGAAUGCAUGGAAUGGCUAUUCAUAAUUCUUCUCUAAAUGGGAGAGUGAUGAUUGUAGGACAAUCGCUGACAAUUAAAGACGUUGAACUGAGAGACGCAGGGUCAUACAUGUGCUCCGUUGCAACCUUCCCCAGUGGCUCAUUUGAAGGAACAACCAAACUCAUUGUUCAAGAACAGAUGCCGUUAUCAUCAGGGAUGGUUUCUGCUAUAGUGGCUGCUGUUGCAAUGCUCUUAGGCAUAGUGGCAGCCUUAGCUUACCUCCUCUUCAUAAGGUGUAAUUCUUCAGUCAGACACAAUGUCAUCAUUGAUACAGGUGGUACGGUGAUGGAUGUGGCCAGGCCAUCUGAUGCUGUGAGUGAAGAGACUCCGGAUGUGGUCUACACUGCCGUCAAGCUCUCACCAUCCAGAAGUGCAACACGCUCAUCCAGUUACAAACACUCAGACACCAUGUGUGAUGAUGUCACAUACGCUAAGACUCAAGAUGUGAUCUACACUGACAUCAAGCCCACACCGUCCAGAGAUGCAACGCCCAGAGACCACGUAUGGUGAUGUCACAUAUGCCAAGGUUAUAGCUCGGCGUCAGAAACCCCAAUGGGGGGUGGGAUUUUAAAAAAUAGAAAAAAAAGAAGAAAAAAGAAUUUAAGAAAAAAGUGAUGUAAUAGAAGUAAAAGCAUGAACAAUGUCGAUGAAGCUACAAUAUUUAUGUUAUUUAUUGGUUAUUUUAUAACCAGAUAAAAAAUAUAUCUGAUGCUUUUUAUUAUUUGUCACUUUAAAUUAUUUUGUCCCUGUCGAGAUCCUGUAGGAAUGAUGACUCCAUUUUUCUAGUGAUCUGAUUGGUCAGUAGUCAGGGUGUUGACAGAUUUUGAUCUGAUCCUCCGAAGUUAACAGCAAGCAGGUUAGGUCUGCCAUGGUAGUGUAACCUGGUAAGAAGUGAACUACUGUUGUUGCCCUGAAAACCUAGGGUUAAACCUGAAGUUCCUAAAGUCAUGCCACUAGCAUGGCUAAUAACAAACAUACACAAGAAGGUUUUUUUUUUUAUAUCUGGUGCCAUUUAGUCUGUGGAUCAGUUUCUGAAAUUGCAUUGAGGAACAGUACAAGCAGACACAGCCACAGGGAGCAAUUUUCUGCAAACCUCCAACAUUCGUUUUUAUCUUGCCAUCAUGUGAAACAGAAAAAACACUUGCACGGUGCUAGCAUGUUUUUAGUUGUCACAAUCUCCACUAUGACUGAAAAACACAUCCUCUAAAGGACAAAGGUAGUCAGGCAAGGAAGCACAAAGUUAUACAAAUGGAGAACUAAUUCAACAAUGCAAAAACCUUUAUGGCAUAUCAGUGUUUGCAAGAGGUAGAAGUGUUGACAGAUUUUAAAAGUGACGCCAACAUUCUGGACGCCCAUUUUAUCGUGAUUUUCGAAUUGGACAUCAUGAUGUUUAGAGACUAUGAUAUGUGUGUCUUUCUGUUAGUUACUAACCAGCAUUUGCACAUGAGCCUUAUUUAGGGAAAAGUGUUUUAUAAGUCAGAGUAAGUCUGGGGUGGUUGUACACUUUCAAACUGUUCUUCCCUAAUUCAGCUUAUUUCCUCAAACUUGCAUACAGCAAAAUCAAUAACUGCAAAUCACGAUGCUGUACUGUCUGUGCAGACACUGAUGGUAAUAGUUGUAGUAGUUUUUAAUUGUAUCCUGUAGUAGUUUUUAAUUGUAACAUCUCAUAGUCAUUGUCCUAAAGCUGCCAGAGUGUGUUGCAGCCUGAGCGUACCUUAUGCAAGAAGGUGACAAAAUACAGUUUGCAGAGUUUCAUCAUUUUCUGACAGCAUCAUUUUGUGGGUGUGAAGUACACUCACAAUGUUGCCAGAACAUGUGAAAACAUAAUCUGCUUCAUUCUCCAUUUUGCUGUGGGGACAUGAAAGUGUUUAUGUGUUGGCUUGUGUGUAUGUUAAGCAAUGCCUGCUUUUGGAAUAUGUGAGCACUGUAGACAGAAAUGACACAGCAUACUUCUGCAUCUUAUCUUUUUGUGUGGAGCUUUUGUUGCUGAAUAAAGUUGCAUUUU